AUGGACGGCGAAGAUCCCAAGGAGAGACCCUCCGAGAUCACCACUAUCAUCACUGGUCUCGAGCGAUACAACCCCGAAGCCGUCCCUUUCCUCGAGGAGUACCUGAAGAAGCAAUGCGAGGAGAAGUUUACUGAUGGCAAUGCCAACCGAACGCUGCUGAAGCUAUACCAGCUCAACCCAGACCGCAUCAAGGACGAUGUCGUCACCAACGUCCUCGCCAAGUCCUUGACCGUCUUCCCCUCUCCCCAGUUCUCUCUCGCCCUGCACAUCAUCCCCCCCUCGAUACUCGCCCCCAACUCUCGCGCCGAUCUGUCCGAAGCCAUCACCCACCUGCGUGAGCUCAACAACCAGCUCGAGGGAGCCCAGUAUGCCCGCUUCUGGGACACCCUCGACAGCGAUGAUUUGUAUGCCGACCUGGUCGCCGAUGUCAAUGCUUUCGAGGAGCUCAUCCGUAUUCGCAUCGCCACCUUGGUGAGCCAGGCCUACAGAGAGGUCGAGCUCAGCGUGUUUGCUGGCUGGCUGGGACUACCCGAGGCCAAGGCCAAGACCUUCGUCAUUGAGACCGCCGGCUGGAAGGUUGAGGGCGACCUUGUACAGAUCCCCAAGAACGCCGAGAACGAGGCCAAGAAGACCGAAGUGCGCGAGGACGUCAACGUUGACAUGUUCUCGCGAAUUGUCCGCAGGGCAUGGGAGGAGACAGCAUAA